AUGUAUCUUGCAGGUGUGCCAAUCAGACUGUCUGGUUCUGGAUCCACUCAGUGUUCUGGGAGAGUUGAAAUCUUCCACAACAGAAUCUGGGGCACUGUCUGUGAUGACCGAUGGGACUUGAAUGCUGCCAUGGUGGUGUGCAGACAGCUAGGCUGUGGUACAGCACUUAGCGCCCCUACGUUGGCCCACUUUGGUGAAGGAACUGGACCAAUCUGGCUCGAUAAUGUUCAGUGUACAGGAAAUCAGAGUUCUGUUUUUCACUGUGAACACUCAGAAUUUGGCGAGCACAACUGUGAACAUGAUGAGGACGCCGGUGUUGUCUGUUCAGGUGAGACGACCUUUGGGUUGAAUACUUGAAUCUAGCGUACCUUCUACAUCUCAGUGGUGUGUGAUAAGAUCAAGCAUGCCAAUGUCAAGGCUUCACAUACGCAGCGGUUGAUGUCAUAGUAUGGUUUUAUUAAGCUGUGUUUAUUCUGUUUUCCCCCAUGGGGGAAAUUUUUUUGUCACAGCAGCAUCACAGACAAGACAGAAAGUGCAAAAUGCAGUUAUAACAAUAAGGGUCCUAAUAUUAAGAACUUAAUAAAUGUAAUAAUUAAGAAAAAAAAAAAAAUUGAAAAGAGAAAAGGGAGAAGAAAAAAUAAAGCUUUCUGCAAUAUACACAAUUUAAAUGCCAUAAAAAAAGUGGUGGUGUAAAUCCAGUUUUGUUACUGUUCAUUGUAAAGUCUUAUUGCAGAGGGGAGGAAUGAUCUGCGGUAGCGCUCCGUCCUGCAGGGUGGGAGUCUCAGUCUGCUGCUGAAGGAGUGGUGUUUAUUCUGUUUUCUGUUGUAGGUGCUGAUAUCAGGUUGAUUAACUCUGGGGUUCUUGGUCGAUGCUCAGGGAGGGUUGAAAUCUACCACCAAGGAGCCUGGGGAACAAUUUCGGACAAUGGCUGGGACAUCAAUGAUGCAAAGUUGGUGUGCAGACAGUUGGGCUGUGGUACAGCACUGAGCGCCCCUCGGUUUGCCCACUUUGGUGAGGGAACUGGAACGAUCUGGCUUGGUGAUGUUGCCUGUUCAGGACGAGAGAGUUCUUUGACAGAGUGCAAACACAGUGGAUUUGGCCAACACAACUAUGCUCACUACAGGGACGCUGGUGUGGUCUGCUCAGGUAAGAACGCUGCGAUAAGAAAAGCAUAAAAGAGUAAAACUCACGACUUUGAAUGUUAAAUUGAGGAAAUAUGUGUUUUCUUUUCCCUCUCUCAAGCUGUGUCUGUAACAAAUGUGGCGCCAACUGGAACAGCGGCUCAGUCAGGAACUCAGGCCUCUUAUAGCGCUUCAGCAGCAAUUGAUGGGAGUAGAAAUCCAGUGUUGGUCGAUGGAUCCUGCACCCUUACAGACAUUGGUCCCAUCCAAUGGUGGAGUUUGCUGCUGCCAGCUGUGUACAGGAUCACUCACAUUAGCAUCACCAACAGGGCGACAGAGAGUCAACGGAUCAAUAAUGCUGAGAUCCUCAUUGGAAAUUCCCAAGAGAACAACGGCAACAACAACCCGAGGUAACCCUGGGUAUAAAAUGUGAAAACUCUCCAUCCAAACUCUCACACUCUCCAUCCACUCCAUCUACCAUAAUAUACAUGAUGUACGAUCAUAUUUCUGAAUAUACACCUUUCUCAGGUGUGUGAUAAUUGACAGCAUCAAAAGUGGAAGUACACGGACAUUCAACUGUGGAGGGAUGAUCGGUCAGGUUGUCAACGUAAAACUCAAGAAUCCAAACGAGGUGUUGACAUUGUGUGAGGUAGAAGUUUAUGGAGGUGAGUAUAUAUCAGACUUUAAAACAUGCAGAGCUUAAAAAGCAGCCAACAAACACCUGAGAACAAACAGUUAAAAACACUCAAGUUAGUCUUUCUUUUUACCUGCUGCACUGUCAAACCAGAUCUUCUGUCGCUUACAUUUUUUCAGAGAUGGCUGCUCCGUCCUUCAGCGCCAUGGUGGCAGGUCAAAGCAUAGAAGUGGUGGAGAAGAAGCUGUGUUGGUCUGAUGCUCUCUUCUACUGCAGAGACUUUUACUGGGACCUGCUCAGCAUACGCAGCGAGGAGGAGCAGAAGGAGGUGGAGGAGGUGCUGAAGAGCGUGUCCUUCACUCUCACUCAGCGUGUUUGGUUUGGCCUGCGCAGGUAACAGAAGUUGUGCUCUCUGGACUAUAUACAGAUUUAAGGACUUUUGAAGGUUCGGCACUGACUUAAUUUAUCAAGUCUGACGGCAUCAUUUUUAGGUACCUGAAGGGGGACACCUGGUUCUGGAUGUCUGGUGAUUCCAUGAAUUUUACCCACUCAGAGACACAUUCAGUCUGGGAAAACACCAGUCCAUGUGGCGCCAUCGACACCAGCGACCACUCCAGCUGGACAGAUUUUCCAUGUAAAGAGCACCUGCAUUUCAUCUGUUUGAGAGGUGACAAUCCGUCUACCAUCUGCUUCAAAAAGACAUAUUUAUUGAUUUUCUUCGUUUUACAACGUUUGUGAAACGUGCUGCUGCUCUUUCAGUGUAAUCCUGCUCAAACUUUGCCAUAAAUAUUGAUGAGAAAUACGAUGAAGUUUCAGACUUGACUUGAAGGGCAUCUGCACUCUCCUCACCCCUUUCUCCUCUUCCUUUGUGUCUUCACAGACAUUCAGGGAAACGAAGAGAGAGUGGAGUUCUUCAGCAGCAUUAGAUCUUAA